AUCACCCAGCCAUGGCUCUCAAUUCCCACGAUGUCGCGAAAGUGGAAUCGUUCAUCAGCCGCGAGCCCGAAGUCCGCAUCAUGCUCAGACCAAUCGCACCACCCGCAGCUCUAGGCUUAGCAGGUUUCGCAGGCAGUACAUGGAUAACUGCAUCUUGGAUCGCUGGCUGGUGGGGCAACGACAGCUCUCCCACCAUCUUUUUCCCCUUCGUGGCUNNUUUUUGGGGUGGCUUGAGUCAGUUUAUUGCUGGGUUGUUUGGGUUUCAUGCGAGAGAUACAUUGGUUAGUGUGAUCAACACCAUGUGGGGUGCGUUCUGGAUGAGCGAGGGUUUGAUGUUUUUGUUGAAUACUGUUGGUGUUUUGCCUGCUGGAGACAUUCACGCGCAUCUGCCUGAACUGGCAUCUUGGUUUGUGGUUUUGGCCGCUUUUACCUGGAUUGGAGUAACAACCGCCCGUGACGUUAUCCUCGCAACCCUGCUCUUCGCCCUCGCCAUUGGCACCACAAUCGCCUGCUGUCUCUUUGCCUACGGAACUGGUGUAGGAGUUGGCAUCAAAGUGGCUGCAUACUUCUGGAUGUUUUCGUCAUUGCUCGCUUGGUGGCGUGUUGCGGUAUACUUGAUUGAAGAGGCGUAUGGCCCAAAGAGCGGGAUUGCAAAGUUCUUCCCUGUGUUCAGAACUGCUACGGAGAAGGGUGCUCCUAUGGUUGUACCUGGUCUGGGAGAGCCGGGUGUCAAGAGAGGUAUGCCUGGUGUUAUC